AUGAGUGCCACCAUGGAAGAGAGAAUAAAAAGAAGCCACAGCUAUAAAGUAUAUACUCUAUACUUUAGAAGUAGACUUGUCAUGUUCAUGCUGUCUUUAUUCGUAUUUCACAUAAUAAUCGUAUCGUAUGAAAUAUUCUUCCUUUUAUACUGCAAGGUUAAAUUAGACGAGAGAAUGCUUCCUGAGCAAAACCCAGCCCUGUUUGAACUAAUGAAAGGUACAAGGCAAAUAAAUGUCUUUAAAAUGCAGGCGAAACUAUCACUAAAAUGGGCCAUCAGAAGGGCACAAGGCAUAUUCUCAAAGCUAAUAGAUUAUAUCUUAAUUAUCGUGUUUUUUUCCCAUAAAAUCAGACAAGGCAUAAUGAAAUACACCAACAGAUAUAAAGGCCUUGUACAAAUACGUUCAUCUCAUAUGCCUGUGAAAGAUGCUAAUUUCAUUUGUCUUAUAUUCCUGGCUAUGGGAAUAAAAUCAGUUAUUGGGGAGUGGAUUACAAAAUCAAGAAGUGAUGUAACGGACUUACUCGUAGGAACACUAAUUCAGUUGGUGAAGUACCUGAUAUUUUGCCCUAUUUUUAUAUGGUUAUUUAGCUCAGUCUACAACAAGACAAGAAAUGGCCUGAUAUUUGCCUCGUACAUUGCAAUAGUCGUGCUUAUCCUUGUGGCUAACUGUACUACAAUAAUUUCAGAGCCACUUGAUGGCCUUGAGAAAAUUCCAGCAAAAGAGCUUGGGCCAGAACUCUACAGGGAGCUAGUGAGAAUGAACCUGGAUGAAAAAAUAUUCUGGGACCAAGCAGCAGAAGGGGAGAAUGCAGCUCUUGUUAGGACAGGAGCAGCCAGGUACAUUAUUGUAAUGGGAAACCUGUUAAAAUACGGUCAAAAGGAGUUUGCCUCUUUCAUAGCACACGAGGUAGGGCAUGCAGAUGAUUCCAGUACAGAAAAAAAACUACUUGCAACGGUAAUUGGUCUAGGCUUAUCAUGUGGUUUAAUGGUUGCAAUCCUAAGGAUUAUCACACCGAAAUUUGAGCAGCAUGAUGUCCCCAGGUUCUCUGUUGUUCUUUUUUUGCUGCUAGCAAAUAUUCACAUAUUUUCAGGUUUAACGAACAUGUUCUACAACAACCUAUCGAUUCUAUCAGAAGUAAAUGCAGAUUUAUAUGCGAAAAAUCUGGGAUUUGGAGAGACAUUAGCAAGUGGAUUGUAUAAGUUAGUCGUAGACAGUGGGAAUCUUCUGUUCCAUUCCACAAUAUACACUUACUAUGCGCAAGACCAUCCUGUAGUGGCUGCUAGAAUUGCGUAUUUAAAUAAAUAG